UUUCGUUAUGCUCAAAGAGAGAAGCGCCAUUGACCUGAAAAGAAAACAUACCGAAAAACCCACUCACAACAAAAAAAAAUUGGCGCUCCUUUUACAUUUCUAUAUUCAAUCCAAUCCUCCUCUCGCUCAGAACCCAUGGCGGAGAAUCAGAACUCCACGAGGAUGACUAGGGCGGCGGCGAAACGAAAGGGGUCCACGGCGGACGAAAACCCAGUUAGCAAGAAGAAGAGAGUUGUUCUCGGAGAGCUUCCGAAUAUCUCCAAUGUCGCUGCUCCACUCAUACCCAGAGAGACCCAGAAGCCUAAAUCAACUCUAAUCGCUCCGAAGAAGCAGACGAAGAAUGCUCCGAUACCUCCUGUACCGGUUCUUCCACAGACCGUAGAUUUCGAAUCCAGAUCUGUCGAUCCUCAGAUGUGUGGUCCUUAUGUCGCUGACAUCUGUGCGUAUCUGCGCGAAAUGGAGGGGAAGCUGAAGCAAAGACCUUUACAUGAUUACAUUGAAAAGGUUCAGAGUGAUUUGACUCCUAACAUGAGAGGGGUUUUGAUGGACUGGUUAGUGGAAGUUGCUGAGGAAUACAAACUUGUUUCAGACACACUCUAUCUCACUGUCUCUUACGUCGAUAGAUUCUUGUCCGCUAAGCCUAUUAACAGGCAGAGGCUUCAGCUUGUGGGUGUUUCUGCAAUGCUUAUUGCAUCGAAAUACGAAGAGAUAAGUCCUCCUAAAGUGGAAGAUUUUGUGUACAUCACUGAUAAUACGUUUACCAGACAAGACGUGGUGUCCAUGGAGGCAGAUAUACUUCUUGCUCUACAGUUUGAAUUAGGAUGUCCAACCAUCAAAACAUUCUUAAGACGGUUCACAAGGGUUGCUCAAGAGGAUUUCAAUGAUUCACUGUUGCAAAUAGAGUUUCUCUGUUGCUAUCUCUCAGAAUUGAGUCUGUUGGAUUAUAGCUGUAUUAGAUUUUUGCCGUCUCUUUUGGCUGCUUCUGCUGUAUUUCUUGCACGAUUCAUCAUCCGUCCAAAACAACAUCCUUGGAACCAAAUAUUAGAAGAGUACACCAAGUACAAAGCGUCUGAUCUACAACAAGCUGUUGGAAUCAUACAUGACUUGUAUCUAAGCAGAAGAGGAAACAGUCUAGAGGCUGUUAGAAAUAAAUACAAGCAGCAAAAGUUCAAGUGUGUUGCGACCAUGCCUGUUUCACCUGAGUUGCCUCCUGCUUUCUUUGAAGAUGUUACAAUCAGAGAAAAGGCUUAA